GGCGGGGAGGCGGGAGGAGGAGGACUGCGGGGCAGGGGCGUUAGCUGCGUCCCGGCUCGGAGCCCGCGAAGAGGACCAGGAGGAAGGCGCCGCCGUGGCCGCGGCCGCAGUGCUCCGGGCGCGACAAGCCAUGAGCAGCGGCCUCGCGGGCGACCCCGCCGUCGCUGGCCGCCGCUGAGCCCGGCCCGGGGCCACCUCGCGGCUCCCCAGCACCCUCCGCACCGGCACCCCCACGCGCGGAGGCACUGUUCUGCAUACUGGGAGAUAAGAGUGAACAAAACAAAGCCCCCUUUUCUAAUGGAAUUUACCUUGUAAGGCGGGAGACAGAACAAAACACAAAAACAUGAUUCCCGUGACAGAGUUCCGGCAGUUCUCUGAGCAGCAGCCUGCCUUCCGGGUGCUGAAGCCGUGGUGGGAUGUGUUCACUGAUUACCUCUCCGUGGCCAUGCUGAUGAUCGGGGUGUUUGGUUGUACUUUACAGGUCAUGCAAGACAAGAUCAUUUGCCUUCCAAAAAGAGUUCAGCCGUCUGAGAACCACUCUUCCGUUCUGAAUGUCUCUCAAGCAGUUGCCGGAACCACCCCACUGCCUCCACCUAACCCAUCUUCGCCUAACCCGGCCACUGUGGAAAUGAAAGGCCUGAAGACAGAUCUGGACCUUCAGCAGUACAGCUUUAUAAACCAGAUGUGCUAUGAGCGAGCCCUCCACUGGUAUGCCAAGUACUUCCCUUACCUUGUCCUCAUCCACACCCUGAUCUUCAUGCUGUGCAGCAACUUUUGGUUCAAGUUCCCUGGUUCCAGCUCCAAAAUAGAACAUUUCAUCUCCAUCCUGGGGAAGUGUUUUGACUCUCCCUGGACCACACGGGCUUUAUCGGAAGUGUCCGGGGAGGACUCAGAAGAGAAGGACAACAGGAAGAACAACAUGAGCAGGUCCAACACCACCCAGUCUGGUCCAGAAGGCACCCUGGUCAACUCUCAGUCAUUAAAGUCAAUUCCUGAGAAGUUUGUGGUUGACAAAUCCACUGCAGGGGCUCUGGAUAAGAAGGAAGGGGAGCAAGCGAAGGCCUUAUUUGAGAAGGUGAAGAAGUUCAGGCUGCAUGUAGAAGAAGGUGAUAUACUCUAUGCUAUGUAUGUUCGCCAGACCGUACUUAAGGUUAUAAAAUUCCUAAUCAUCAUUGCAUACAACAGCGCCCUGGUUUCCAAGGUCCAGUUUACAGUGGACUGUAAUGUUGACAUCCAGGACAUGACUGGGUAUAGGAACUUUUCUUGCAAUCAUACCAUGGCACACUUGUUCUCAAAACUCUCCUUUUGCUACCUGUGCUUCGUAAGCAUCUACGGGCUGACGUGCCUUUACACCUUGUACUGGCUGUUCUACCGCUCUCUAAAGGAAUACUCUUUUGAGUAUGUCCGGCAGGAGACUGGAAUCGAUGAUAUUCCAGACGUGAAAAAUGACUUUGCUUUUAUGCUUCAUAUGAUAGAUCAGUAUGACCCUCUGUAUUCCAAGCGAUUUGCAGUGUUCCUGUCUGAAGUGAGUGAAAACAAAUUAAAGCAGCUGAACUUAAAUAACGAGUGGACUCCCGACAAGCUGAGGCAGAAGCUACAGACGAAUGCCCACAACCGCCUGGAAUUGCCUCUCAUCAUGCUCUCUGGCCUUCCAGACACUGUUUUUGAAAUUACAGAGUUGCAGUCGCUAAAGCUUGAGAUCAUUAAGAACGUGAUGAUACCAGCCACCGUGGCGCAGCUAGACAAUCUCCAAGAGCUCUCUCUCCACCAGUGCUCGGUCAAGAUCCACAGCGCGGCACUCUCCUUCCUGAAGGAGAACCUCAAGGUCCUGAGCGUCAAGUUUGAUGACAUGAGGGAGCUGCCCCCCUGGAUGUAUGGACUCCGGAAUCUGGAAGAGCUCUACCUGGUCGGCUCUCUAAGUCACGAUAUUUCCAAAAACGUCGCCCUGGAGUCUCUGAGGGACCUCAAAAGCCUUAAAAUCCUCUCUAUCAAAAGCAACCUUUCCAAGAUCCCUCAGGCAGUGGUUGAUGUGUCCAGCCAUCUCCAGAAGAUGUGCAUACAUAACGAUGGCACCAAGCUGGUGAUGCUCAACAAUUUAAAGAAGAUGACCAACCUGACCGAGCUGGAGCUGGUGCACUGUGACCUGGAGCGCAUUCCUCAUGCCGUGUUCAGCCUGCUCAGCCUCCAGGAAUUGGACCUCAAGGAGAAUAAUCUGAAAUCUAUAGAAGAGAUCGUUAGCUUCCAGCACCUGAGGAAGUUGACAGUGUUAAAACUGUGGCAUAACAGCAUCGCCUAUAUCCCAGAGCAUAUAAAGAAACUCACCAGCCUGGAGCGUCUGUCUUUCAGUCACAACAAAAUAGAGGUGCUGCCUUCCCACCUCUUCCUAUGCAACAAAAUCCGAUAUUUGGACUUGUCCUACAAUGACAUUCGUUUUAUCCCCCCUGAAGUCGGAGUUCUACAAAGUUUACAGUAUUUUUCCAUCACUUGUAACAAAGUGGAGAACCUUCCAGACGAACUCUACUUCUGCAAGAAACUUAAAACUCUGAAGAUUGGGAAAAACAGCCUAUCAAUACUUUCACCAAAAAUUGGAAAUUUACAGUUCCUUUCCUACUUAGAUCUUAAAGGCAAUCACUUUGAAACCCUUCCUCCCGAGCUAGGUGACUGUCGAGCUCUGAAGAGAGCUGGUUUAGUUGUGGAAGAUGCCCUGUUUGACACUCUGCCUUCUGAUGUCCGGGAGCAAAUGAAAACAGAAUAACUUAUUUUUGUUUAAAGUUUGACUGAAACAUGCUUCUACCAAAUACAGUAUAAGUAAUUAGGUAGUGUUAAUGCCUUUCCAGUUUUUCUUUUCACACAAAACAAAAUGUACACAAAGAUCAAGUCAGGAGUAUGUAUUUUUUAAUAAAAAUUUAAUUGUAUUUUUUCAAUAUUAAUAUUUUAAAGUUUUAUUUGUCUUGGAACCUAAUGUACCUAUUAUUGUUUUUUACUAACAGAAACUGGUGGUUCCAUCUGUUUUUUGUUUUGUUUUUGUUGAUGUUGUUGUCGUUUUUCAGUUAAUUCUUGUGAAAGGGAAAGCAUUUUAAGUUGCAUGCUUCUGGGUGUUUUUUUAAAUAGAUGAAGAUAUUUUGCCAAGGUCAUUGUUAGCUUGUUUACACCUGUACAGUUCCUUGCUCUUUCUGUCAUUGUGUGUAUACCAAGGAACCUGUGCUAGUUAUUUUAAUACCAGCUGCCUUCUCCAUUGACCAAGACCUUCAUUCUAUAAAACACUCUUUUCUGGAGUUUAAAUUCACAUAAGUGCAUUGACACAAACUAUUAUCUUUAAAUUCCACCCCCCACACACACCUCCAAGAGAUUCCUAGAUUACGUUAUUUCAUAUACCUGACAGCUAAAGUUAUCCUUAGGCAAGGAUUCUUUUAAAGUGAGUGAAGACAAUAAUUUCUCAUAGUUGGCAUGCUUGAAUUCGUCAUUUAUAAUUUAAUCAAUUUCCAUUUUUUACCAACAUUUAAAAAUAUUUAAAAGCUAAAUACGGAAGCUCCUCCCAUUAAUCUCAAUAUAGCUAAGUAGUACUGGUGAGCAACCUUAGAGAAGCUAGAUUUAUUUUCAUUAAAACAGGUAAUUAAAUUUAAAAAUCAUAGAAUUAGAAGCCUGGUUUUUUGAGUAAUUUAAUCAUCUUUGAUAUCUUGAUAUGUAGAUACAUCAGAUGGAAAAAUAUUUCACUACUAAAGCAUUCGGUUAAGGAGCUGGUACACGCCAGUCAGGCCCACUGGUUCCUCCGGGCAGUGUGGCAGUGGAAUCUAUUCAAAUUCUUCCUGCUGCACAAAAUAAUCCACAUAUUUAUAUAUAUAAUCAACUCCCCUCAAGUCUGCCCUUGCUGUGACUCUAGUGAUUCAAGCACAGGAACCCUGUAUGUUCUCUUUGGCUUAAAAUAAGUAUAUCAUGUAGAGUGGUUCUGUUACGUUUUUCUGAAAUUGCUAAGUGGAUAUCACUUAGCAAUUUUGCCUGAUGAUCAGUAGAGCUUUCAUGUCUUUGUACUUAAAAAUCCAACAUUUUCUAGGUCGUGGGCAAAAUUUUUCACUAACUGUAAAAGUGUUUGGAACAGAAAAGGAAAACACUGUUUGUGCCCACAAUCCAGGACCAGGACUAUUGAUCAUGGAAUUCUGUUCUGUUGACCAAAUCACCUGGACCAUUUGCCAAGCCCUAGUCUCCUCUACGAAAGCUCUGUGGCUUAACAAUGAGAGAAAAUAGGAAGAUGCUUUGGGGUUUCAAAAUGCUGCCUUUAAAAUUUGCCCCUUGAUCCUGGUGACGUUGCUCAGUGCUACUUUGAGUCAUAUGAAACACAACCACAGGAACUACUCAGCAGAUACAUGUGCCUCAGUCGUGUGUUUAAUGUUGCAGUACAGCAUGGGGUGAAGAAUUGGGGAAAGAUGCUUUUUAUUUACUUAAUAAUCUAAUCCUGUAGACCAAAGUGCUUCACAUUUCUGCUCUAUAUCCAAGGGUUAGAAUGGUGAUUAAUAUAACUGAUUUAUUUCUACCUGUUAUUGAAACAAUAGGCUCAAAAUAGUAACAUGGUUAUAUUUCUUGUAGGGUAAAGUAUUCAAUUCCAGAAUAUUGUUAGGAUCCUGAUUAUGAACAAUGUGCUGCUGCACAAAAUAAUCCACAUUAUCUCUCAUAUUAAUGUGCUAUAUUUAGAAACAUAGGCCUGUUUUAAACAAACAAAAAACCUGGAAGAUUGUCCACAGCUGAGGAUGACAAAAAUACCCCUUUGAAAGAUAAACUUCAAGAGCUAACUGUUAUAACACUGGGUGCACUAUUUUUCUGUAUAAAAUUUACGGUUAUUUUCUAUAUCACUCUUCAAAAGGGAUCUAUUCAGGUUCAAAAUCAUAUUGAUGCUAAAGUCUUUAUCUGGUGUUAACUCAUAAUCUCACAUGGGUUCAUAACUGAAGUAAGUCACUAGUAAUUAUUUUAUCACUUAUAACAACUUGCUCAAAAUUCCAAAAGAACUCGAUUUGCUUUCUUAAAGAGUCCGCAGGCUGACCCUUCACCUAAGUUCUAAAUAACAUCCAAUAAAUCAGCAUAGUUCCGUGACUUUCUGUUUUCACUAAAAAGGAAAAUUCAUAGAUGUUUCUAUUACCUUUUAUAAAAAUUCAAAAUUCUCAAACUCUAUCUUGAGUCGAAAUUUUCUAACGCUCGCCCAUUUUAAUAUUAUAGAUUUUUGUUCACAUUCUUAAGUAAAAAAGCAUUCAAGUAUUUAGCCUUUAAAAGAGAAACUCAGGUAACUAAUCUGCUCACUUUUCUAAAGUCCUUUAAUAGAUCCACUUCAUAUAAAAGGGAUGUUUACCUAAUCUUUCCCCAUAUUUUAUGUGUUCUUGCUAAAAAAAAAAACAA